AUGGCGACAUUGUCAUUGAGACGAGCUUGCUUCCGCUACCAACCGAGAGUGUAUAAUUUCUGCUCCAAGGCUUCCUCAAUCGGCGACGGUGCGGCUGGGUGGACCAGAGAAGCACCGGCUGAGAGACGUCAUUCGAUCCCGAGUAGCAACAUUUGCCUUUCUCAUUUGUUCAGGGAUCCUACCGAUCACUUGGAUCGAUACGAAAUCGAGCUCGUGGACGAUGCUGCCUGGCAGGAUGACUCUGAUUUUGAUGAGAUUGAUAACAUGAGAAUCCGGGGGAAUCUGUUCUACAAGCUUGAUCGGCACUCCAAAGAGUACCAGGAGUACAGCUUUGAUUUCCACCGAAGGAAGAAGAAAGGCGAUGACGCUAGAGAGAGCGGAAAGAGGGAAUCUUUAGCGAAGAAUGAACAAACCAAGGAAAGCAAAAGGAACGAAGAUUCAUCGCCUGUGGAAGCGAAAAGAACAACAUUGAUUGCUAAGAACGGCAAGGCUUAUACUUUGAUGAAUGAUGUUUCUGGCAGUGUGGCGGAGGAGAUGAGGAAGAAGGUUAGGACUCUGACGUUCAAUCAGCUCACAGCGCCUUACCACGAGCCGUUCUGCCUGGACAUUCACAUAUCAAACGCAUCGGCUCGGGCAUCCGUCAUUCACCGAGGUACUAGUAAAGUGGUGGCUGUGGCACAUUCGAUAUCGAAAGACAUCAAAUUCGACAUGGGUUCCACCAGAAAUGAAGCCACUUGCCGUGCUGUUGGGCAGAUUCUGGCUCAGAGAGCACUGGAGGAUGACAUCCACAACGUGGUCUACACUCCCAGAAGAGGGGAGAGAUUGGAAGGGAAGCUUCAGAUUGUGCUUCAAUCCAUUAUAGACAGUGGUCUUUCUGUGAAAGUAAAACUCAAGCAAAGGAAACACAAGAAGAAGCUUAGCCUCCCACAAUGAUUCCACCUCUCAUAACAUCCGCACAUUGUGUAAAACCAGGUUACAACUUUCUUCCUUAUGUUUGCCAAUGAAGAAAUGUGUGCUCAAAGAAGUUCUGAUACAGGGGAUACACAGAAGCGAGUAAUCAAAACACAGCAAUCCAAUCCAGCGAGAUAGAAGAGAUUACACAUUCAACCAGACAACCACAAUGUUCAACAAAUUUCACUCUCAGUCAUUAGCCGUUGCGAGCUGCAGCGCCAGCAAAUCUUCUUCGGGAAUGGUUCUAAUGUGGCAAUCCGAAGUCGGGUAUGCAGCACAGAGCAACGCGUAGCCGCGCUCCACCACGUCGUCACUGAGCAUGCCGUCACUCUGAUCGACUGAGCCGCUGACUAUCUUCGCAGGGCAAGUCAUGCACACUCCGAGCUUGCAGUCAUGAGGCACGGAUAAACCGGAGUCCAGUGCCUUGGAUAGUAUGGUCUCGUCUGGCUCGACUUCAAGCUCCGUGGACUCGCCCUGAUGUUCAAUCACCACUUUGUAUGAUCGAACCGCGACGGAUUUGAAGGAUCUCUCAGUUCUGUAGUUGAAUCCAGAAGAAGGGAAUUUGCUGCUGAGGUUUGGUUUGGUGGGAGGGAGCAGAGGAGAUGGAGCGAAAUGGAGGGUGUGCGUAGCCAUGGCCGAGGUGGGGAAAAGAGGUUUUCUGGCUGGUGCAGAUUUGUGGCCUGCAUUUGAUAAGAGAUAAGGCUAUCUCUGGAACGAAGCCUGCAAUUGUGAGGGUGGAAUGGUUCAAAACCUAAAGUUGAGGACUGUCUGGGCAAAGUUGGGAAAGUUAUAGGAGUUGAGUCAGCCAGCCUUGAUGCACCGACGGAGUUUAUACAUAUAGUUUAGCGCAGCGGUGACAACAAAAUAAUAUAAUGAGUGUAUUUAAGACUCUUCAAACUUCUUAUAAAUACGGG